CCUUCACCAGUGCUGCCAAUGCAUCACGAGUCUAUCAUUGCCACUGUCUCCAUGUUUGAAAGCGAUGGCCACAAAUAGUCGACAACCGGUCCAAACCAUCUUCCCUUCCGUGACGAACAAACCUCGGAUCCCAAGUGGCCGAAAUCACGCCUACAAAAAGAUCCGAUGGAAAAAGUACGAUCCCAGCAAGAAGUCUCCAAACUCAGCCCCGGACCAGUUUGUUCAGUGGCAACCGCCGGACGCAGCGCGAGAUGAGGAGCAGGAGGACACUAUCCAACGGAAAACAAAGUCGAGCGACCCCAGACAAAAUCCGCAGUCGAAGUCGUUAGUCUUUGUCUCUCCGGUUGAGCCUCUUCCGCUGAAUGGAACACGCGAGGAUCCGUUCCUAGCACUGCCCAUCAAGUCAACUGAGACCGUUCAAGACAGCUUGGACUACUACAUCACCAUCUGCAAAGGCUUCAACAAUACGAAAUCCGUCGUCCCCGGCCCAGUCAAUCCUCAUCUCUCGCUCUUGCUACCCUACGCACUUAAGCAUACUAUUCUCUUCGAGUCUAUCAUAUCAGUCUGUCGAGCAUCUAUUCUCAUUUCCCUUGGAAGACCCAUAUGGGAUGACUACGCCUUCGUUCAUCACCGUGGCAGCGCCAUCGCGGGUCUUAACGAAAGGCUCCAAUCCCACGAUGCUACAGACGAUGCAGCCUUGCUGACUGUUACGAUGCUCAUGACACUCGAGUACCUUUCAGGCAACCAGCGAGGCGUGAUAAUGCAUUGCAAAGGUCUGGAGAAAAUGCUUGAACUCCGCGGGCCGCUCUCUGAUGACAAAGACGAUCCGGACUCGGAAUCAGGCUGGCUGAAAUUCGUCAAACAUGGUCUCAUAGCGUACAAGGCUUUAGGCUCCUUCGUGACAGGCCAGCCACCAGAACUGCCUCGCGACUCGGUCGGUUACCUCAGGGAGACGUUCCAAGAACUCCACCUCGAUCAGCCACUCGCCUAUCCCGAAACUCCGUUCCCACCGGACCUGUGCAUCAUCCUCUCUCGCCUGCCUUCGGGGGUCUCGGAGCUCUGUGUUGCAUCUAGAAUAUCGGUUCAGAUGAUCAAGCUCCUCGCCUCCAUUUCAGCGGCGACCACCCUCCUCGCGACUGAAACUGUCAGCUACGAAAACCUCCUUGACCGCACCUGGACCCCACCUUCAGAACUACCCCUCCCCGAUUCGUCCCAGUACGACGAAGAAUGGAAGCAAACCAUGAUACAAACCAUCCUGUCCUCCCUGCAGCGAAUGUCCUUGACAUCCACCUGCCCAAUCGAGUACAAUCUCACCAUGGGCCUGCUAGCCUAUAUCUUCCAGCUCCGAGGUCUGGCGCCCGUAAACCUCUUCUACGACCCCAUCCUCCAUAAAUUCAUUACCACGCUACCCACCCACACCAAGCCAAGCUCGCUCCAAGAACAAAACGCCCUGGUUUGGUGCAGUAUGGCUGUUGCUGGAGCCCUUGGUCUUCGUGUAGUUCCCAUGCCCAAGUCCCACUUGGUUAUGGAACACAUGUUAGAUCUUUACCCACAAGCGCGUCAAUGGGCUCGUUUGGAAAAGCUUCUGCGCACAUUCUUCUAUACCAAAGAAAUCGGUGCCCAUUGGAAACGUGUUUGGCAAUCCGCUAUGAAACGACGGGAGUUCGUUCUCGGGCAACAGCAACACAAGACGCGCUACAUCCAUGCCGAGACUAACAGUCGUGGGAACACUGACAAUCAGCCAAAAGAGCAAAUCCUUCAGUCCCUGCAGCAUCCGCUGGACUUUCCGGAAUUUGACAUGAAUUCCGAGGCGAUAAGGGCACAUAUCCGCCAGCACAUUGCUGGUGCGCCAAAGACUGUGCUGGAAAUGUCCCAAGCGAUGGGUCUCUGUCCGUUCCGACCCCAGGUAUCAUCACCCUCCACAACCAGCUCUGCAUCAACCGCGACGGCGACUUCCAGUCCGAGCACCGUAUCGACUCUCUCACCAAAACCCACGUGAGUAUACACUUUGCAGUAUGUAUUGAGGCGACGAAUGCACCAGUCUCUCUCCUUGCUCUCUGAGCCGUACACAGCCUGCUUGAUGGAGUCGUGGGAGUCAGUCCUUAUAUCAUCCCCUAACCACGAAACCUGCGUCACUCUCCCUCCACAGCCCCAACUGUCCCGGUCAACGCAGCGGCUGAAGGGCACUUCUGUCAUCAAGUCUCAGCUGCUCCUUUCCAUUGAAUGGAUUUUUCUGUGCUUCUGCAACCAUCGCUUUCGGCACGCUGAGAAAUCGCAGUCUCUCGGAGCAGCAAGCAAACCAAUCAUCUGUCGAUGCUGACAAUAUCCCCACUCACUUCUUGAAUUCCACAUCGCCAGGAGUUCAUCCCUCCUGCGCUUCGCGACCCCCACUGAACUUGCAACGUACUUGCUCUCUAGACCAUUCUCAGCGCCUGGACAGUUCGUACAGCAUGGGUUCGUACAGCAUGGCGCGGUGUGGUGUCUCGUCAUACAUUGACAAUCCGACCGGCCGCGACCGCAGAGUCGCAUUUCCACCCCCUGCGCCAAGGAAGGGGGAAGAAACCAGUCACUCUCCCACGCACGCACACACCUCUCAAACAAGGUGGAGAUGUUUGUAUCAGGUCUACCUGUCUUUGAUAUCUACAUAUCACUUACUCGGGACAAUUCACGCCAGACAGUCGAAAAAGAAGCCGCAACACGUAUAUAGUGCCAAUGAUGGUAGUGGAGUCUGUUAUUUGCGAUACGCAAGGCACGAUUUGAACCGCAGGCUGGGCGUAGGGGGUGAGGGACAACCCGACAUCGAGGAGGUUCUAUGUGGUCUUUCCUGUUCUCCGCAAACCACGGUGAAAGGUGUCGUGCAACCCGCCAUGGUCAAAGGGGCCGUGGUUUGGGUUGGGUUGGAGUUGGCGAUUGCUCUCCGUUGCUCGACUAUGGAGAUGUCGACGAGUUUGUGACUUGUCCGUGCUAUAUCGCCCCAGCUAUCUAGGUAUUAGGUAGGCACCUAUGUAUCUCGGGCACCACGAAGGCGAAAUCAUGGAGUCUAUUUUUGAGUCAUCCGGGGGUUGAUACUGCUUCAAGAACUACCCUCCUCUAUGCAAUGUAGAUG